AUGGCGGCGAUUGAGAAGGAUGUGGUGAUUGCGACGGCGCCAACCCAGCUGUGCGUCGGGAUACCAUCGGCAUGUGAAGUGGCUGUGGAGGCGCUGUCAUCGGUAUUUGCCAAGGAGGAGUCAGAGGCAAUACUCCUCGUCGACGCCACUAACGCCUUUAAUUCAGUGAACCGGGCAGCUGCACUGAACAACAUACCACGCGUGUGCCCAGCUGCAGGGCGGGUAUUUGUGAACACGUACCAAGCGGAUAUCCCCCUGUACCUGGAUGGUGGCGAGACACUCUACUCAAGAGAGGGCACGUGCCAAGGAGAUCCACUGGCCAUGGCAUUUUAUGCUUUGGCUACCGUCCCUCUGGCCAAGCAUCUGUCCACAACAUGCAGUGGUUCCAUGCAGGUGUGGUAUGCUGACGACGAUGCCGCUGUGGACCGCGUUGUGGCACUCGGUGAGUACUGGAACUGCAUCUCGGCCGAGGGCCCGAAGUAUGGCUACAAGCCUAAUGCUGCCAAGACCGUGCUCCUCGUCAAGAGCCAUCUGGUGUCAGACGCUGAGCGGGUAUUUGCUGGCACUGGCAUCCGGAUUUGCUCUGAUGGCGUCCGGUAUCUCGGUGGAGUCAUCGGCAGCACUGAGUUCUGUGAUGGGUUUGUGGGAAGCCGUGUGGGUGACUGGUGUGCUUUAACCAAGAGGCUGGCGAGUGUUGCAGAGACCCAGCCCCACGCGGCUUACCACUUAUUCAUCUCUGCCAUUCAGUCUCGGUGGUCAUACUUGCAGCGCGUUGCUAAUGCUGACGGGGCACUCUACGCACCCCUGGAUCGCGUCCUAAAUGAUCAGCUGCUGCCUGCAUUCACGGGCCAUUCUGUGCCGGUUGAGGGAGGUUUGCGAGCACUGCUUUCCCUUCCAGCAAAGCUUGGUGGUCUUGCGGUCCGUAGCAAUGUGUCACGGGCGGCUGCUGAGCGCACCUUGUGCCGAGACGCCAUUGCACCCAUGGUGGAGUUGGUAGUCGGUGGCACCUCCACGCAUGAGGUGUCGUCUGUGGUAACAGCAUGCAGGACAUUGGCUGCAGGUGCUCGGGCGGCGCGCCGUGUUCAGCAGCGGAACUUGGCAGAGGAGAUCCGAUCCGGCCUCCCGCCCACGCAACGGCUACUGGUAGAGGUCGCAGGUGAAGAUGGCGUCUCAAGUUGGUUGACGACUCCACCUGCGACUACAAUGCCUGGGACCGUUUUCAGCAGGACGGAUUUCCGUGAUGCUGUGGGCCUACGAUAUGGCCUUCCCUUGGAAGGUUUGCCAGCAUCAUGCGUGUGUGGCAAAGACAUGACAAGCCACCACGCUAUGACAUGCCCCUGUGGCGGGUACCCAACGCAACGUCACAACGAGGUUCGGGACCUGCUGGCUAGUGCCAUGUCCGAGGUGGCGUAUGAUGUCGAGUUGGAGCCUGUUCUGCUGCCUCUCGAUGGUGAGACGGUCUCAGGUAUUAGAGCUGAUGCCGCUCGUGCAGACAUACGGGCUCGCGGUUUCUGGACGCGACAGCAAAACGCCUUCUUUGAUGUUCGGGUUACCCACCCAAGGCCGUCUUUGCUGUCGCGUUCGGGAGUAGCGAGCCAGUUGUCUGACAACGAGAGGCAGAAGAAGCGCCAGUACUCGAGCCGGAUCAACAACGUCGACCGCGGUUCGUUCACGCCGUUGGUUUUCGCCACCAAUGGGCAGUGUGCGCCGGAGGCGUCAAUAUUCCUGAAGUCGUUAGCAGCUCAAAUCAGUGAAAGGAACCGUGAUCUCCCCUACUCACUGAUCAUGCGCCAGCUUCGUGCCCGGAUCAGUGUGUGCCUGAUUCGCUGGCAAAUAACUUGUCUGCGGGGGUCACGGCACUCGUACCGCCGAAGGCUCAUGGGUGCUGGUCAUGGCGGUUUUGUGGUGGAGUGUAGGGCCCGUGCCCACCUGGCUGUUUAG